GAAAAAUAAUGUUCUGUAGUUGAGUGCAAUUUCGAUGGUAGGCGGCAAUUUCUUUUAAAUUUUUUAUUAAAAGAAACAAUUUUAUAACAAAAACUACAAAACAAAUUCAAAUUCCUUAAAUAUCACCUUAACUUAUAUUCAUCAGUUGACAUUAUUGUUAAAAUGGGUGCAGAAAAAGAGAAUUUGGAAAACGGAGCUACCGGCGACGAACAACAAUCGAAAAAGGCUGCCAAGAAACAAGCCAAGGAAGCACUGAAAGCUGCAAAGAAAGCUGAACAUAAAGCUGCUGCAGGUAAAGAAAACACCAAUGCCGGUGAAGACUCGGAAAAAGAUUGUUCUGAGGGUAAAUAUGGUUCAGCUGGUAUGAUCCAAUCCAAGGACAAGAAAGAAGAACGAGUUUUUGUUUUUGUUCACGAUUUAAAGAACUACAUUGGAAAGGGAAUCGUUUGGAUUCGAGGACGAGUUCACACCUCGAGGAGUAAGGGAAAGCAAUGUUUUUUGGUUCUGCGCCAACAGAGCAGCACUGUUCAAUGUAUUUUGGCUGUGAAUGAUCAGAUCUCUAAGCAAAUGGUGAAAUUUACUGGAAACAUCCACAAGGAGAGUAUCAUCGAUGUUGCUGCCAAAGUAGUGUCAGUUCCCAAUAAAAUCGAAUCCUGUACCGAACAAGAUCUGGAAUUACAACUUUUGGAAAUCUUUGUUGUCUCCCAAGCAAAGGCUCAACUCCCAUUGCAAAUUGAAGAUGCUUCUCGUCCAGAAAAGAACGAUGAUCCAGAAAGUCUUAAUAUUCGCGUAAACCAAGACACUAGAUUGGACAAUCGUGUUUUAGACUUAAGAACCCCUGCUAAUCAAGCCAUUUUCCGAUUAGAAGCCGGAGUGUGUAAACUUUUCCGUGAUAUUUUGACUGAUAAAGGAUUUGUGGAAAUUCAUACACCCAAGAUCAUAUCAGCUGCCAGUGAAGGUGGUGCUAAUGUUUUUACUGUGAGCUAUUUUAAAGACUCAGCAUACUUGGCCCAAUCACCACAACUUUACAAGCAAAUGGCAAUCGCAGCUGAUUUCGACAAAGUUUUCACUGUUGGGGCUGUGUUCCGUGCCGAGGAUUCCAAUACUCAUCGGCAUUUGACUGAAUUCGUUGGUUUGGAUUUGGAAAUGGCCUUCAAGUAUCAUUAUCAUGAAGUGUUGCACACAAUUGGUGACACAUUCACAGCCAUUUUCAAGGGACUCCGUGAUAGCUAUCAACGAGAAAUCCAAGCAGUUGGUCAGCAAUUCAAAGUGGAACCUUUUAAGUUCCUUGAGCCACCACUAAUCCUUCAGUUCGCUGAAGGUGUGGCUAUGCUUCGAGCAGCUGGUAUUGAGACUGGCGAUGAGGAGGAUCUUUCAACGCCAAACGAGAAACUUCUUGGUCGAUUAGUGAAAGCUAAAUACGAUACUGAUUUCUAUAUUUUGGACAAGUUCCCACUGGCUAUUCGUCCUUUCUACACAAUGCCAGAUCCUAAUGACCCCAAAUACUCCAACUCUUAUGACAUGUUCAUGAGAGGUGAGGAGAUCCUCUCUGGAGCUCAACGUGUUCACGAUCCUGAGUUCCUCACAGAAAGAGCUAAACAUCACGGAAUUGAUAUUUCUAAAAUUGCCGCCUACAUCGAAUCGUUCCGUUUCGGUUGUCCACCACACGCUGGAGGUGGAAUUGGUAUGGAACGUGUUGUCAUGUUGUAUUUGGGACUUGAUAACAUUCGUAAGACAUCGAUGUUUCCACGUGACCCUAAGAGAAUAACGCCUUAAAUUAAAUGCACAUUUAAGUAAGACUCGAGCAUUAAAAACAAAAGAAAAAAAAAAAACUCCAAGAGUAAAAAAAUUAGAAUUCAUAAAACGAAAAAAAGAAAACGUAUUUUUUUAAAAGACUCUGACUUUCGAUGAUAUUUUUCAUGCGUCACGCUCUUUUAUAUUUUGGUUGUAUUUUUUUUUUUUUUAUUAAUUUUUAAAAUUUUAUUACGUUCUCUUCGAUUUACUUAAAUCAUAGUUGUAUUGUCAACUGUUAAUGAUAUCAUACCUAUUAUAUUAAAGUCGUCACUUUUACAUGUA